AUGGUCAGCGCUGCGCCAUGUAAACCCAGCAACCCUACUUCAGUUCUGUCUGCGACUACCACGGCUGAUUCCGAGACACUCACGACUGCGACCGCUACUGAGACCGACUUUCACUCCACUGUUACCAGCGAUGCCACCAGCGUUCUCGAGACUACCAUCACGGAAACCGCUACUUGGUCUGAGACUACUACCUUUGCAUCUGACUUUACCACCGAGUACUCUGCGACAACCGAUGCUACAUCAAUCGAGGAUUUCACAACCACAAUCACCGAGAUUCCUGAGCCCACCAACUUGAUCCGGAACGGCGGAUUCGAGGAUGCCAAGAAUGUUGACUGGGACACUCGAACCGGAGGUAUCGAAACUGACUCUGACAAAGCUAACUCGGGUGAUAAGUACGCCACGUUCGAGCUCGUCAACGCCGACGGUAGCGGAGGAAACACCCUCAACCAGACUAUCAACGGCCUCGAUACAGACCGACGCUACCGCCUCGCCUUCUCCGCUGCAAUUUUCGAUGACCCCGCCAUUGUACUCGGUGAGAGCACUUGCGUCAUUGAGGCUCUGCAAAAACAAACAGUGAUUGACAGCUGGCCACUUAAUUUCGCGGGGCUCAACGAGUACAAACCAUAUGACGUUACUUUCUCGUUAAUCGAUGAGGAUCUUAGUCUGAGUCUACGACUUCGUUGCAAUGGUCGCAACAAGGUUACCUUGUCUGUGGGUAUCGACGAUGUCUCUCUCUACGACGCUGGUCCAGUGCCCGACCAAGUUGUAACAAUAACUGAAUAA